AUGAAGCGGAAAGUAGGAGCUCUCGAAAAGAUUGAGGCAGACCACGCUGCGCUCCGCUUCAAAAUCAAGCGUGACCCACAGAGUUAUCGCGAUGACUUCAGCAACCAGUAUCAACAGUACCAGACACUGCGCGACCUCUUUCUGCAGAGCCCAGGCACCACAGACACUGGCAUCGUCGCGCUGAAGGACCUGGUCGAAUUCAUCUCCCACACGGCCGAUUUGUAUCCAGACCUUACAGCCCAGUUUCCCAAAGACUUGACCGAGAUUUUGCUGCAACAUCAUGAAGUACUGGAAUAUGAACUGAGGGACAAGAUUGUGGGCAGUCUGGUGCUCCUCAAGAACAAAGAUGUCAUAGAUUCUAUAACGCUUCUAAACACGCUCUUUCCCAUACUCAUUGCCACUCCUAGCAAGUCUCUGCGUCAGCUUUUAUUCACCAAGAUCCUCUCCGACCUGCGAUCGGCCAAUGCGAAGACGACAAACCACAAACUCAACCGAACCAUCCAGACCGUGCUAUAUAAUUUGUUAGAGUCGGACAAGGAGUCGCCAAAGGGCAUUUGGGCAGUCAAGAUUACUCGGGAGCUAUGGAAGAAGCAGAUAUGGACCGACGCACGAGCAGUGGAGGUCAUGCGUCUUGCAGCCCUGAGCGAGAAUGAAAAGGUCGUUGCUGGUGGUACGCGCUUCUUUCUGGGUGGCGACAGGGAACGGGAGGAGGCAGCGGAAGAUAGCAGUGACGAUGACAACGAUGUCGACAUGGCACGACUACGUCACCAAGCUGGCAUCAACAAGAAGACCAAGAAGAAGGCGCGAGAGCUGAAGAAUGCAGCUGUCAGUCUCAAGAAGAAGGAAAAGAAGAAGAAUGCGCCACAUCCACUGAACUUCUCGGCCUUGCAUCUUCUCCAUGACCCCCAAGGCUUCGCCGAAACUUUGUUCUCAAAACAUGUGCAAAACUCAAAGGUCAAAUUUGCUCUCGAGACCAAGCUUCUAGUCCUACAGCUCGUAUCUCGCUUAGUUGGUCUACACAAGUUGACGGUAUUGUCACUGUACUCGUACUUCCUUAAGCACCUCACUCCACGACAAGCCUCAGUCACGAGUUACCUUGCGUGUCUCGCGCAAGCCACUCAUAACUAUGUCCCUCCCGAUGUUCUCGAGCCUCUAGUUCAAAAGAUUGCAAACGAAUUUGUAUCAGAAGCUUCGGCGUCUGAGGUUGCCGCAGCAGGGCUGAAUGCCAUUCGCGAAAUCUGUGUACGGCAGCCGCUGGCAAUGACUGACACCCUGCUACAAGACUUGGUCAUGUAUCGUAAAUCAAAGGACAAGGGCACGAUGAUGGCCGCCAAAGGUCUGCUCUCCCUGUACCGUGAAGUCGGUGCCGAGCUCCUCAACAAGCGUGACCGUGGCAAGGACGCCGCAAUGGGCAUCCGGGCCGGCACCAUCAAGGAGCGCCGCUACGGCGAAGAAGAAGUUGGCGGUAUCGAGGGCAUCGAGCUCCUCGAAAAAUGGAAAGCAGAGGAACGCCGCAAGCAACGCGAAGCCGCUGGUCUGGACCCCGACGGGUCCGAUGGCCAGGAAGAGCUCGACGCUGCCGAAGACUGGAAGAAAUGGGAAGUUGAAUCCGACGACGAGAGUGACGACUCUGGUGGCUGGAUCAACGUCGAAUCCGACGGCGAAGACAUACAAAUCAGCGACAGCGAAGACGAAAAAGACCAGGCCAAACAACCACCAACGAAGAAAGCCAAACUGGGCAAUACCCCUACACCCGUUCCCAACCCCGAAGACGAAACAACCCAACCCCCCCCGACUUCGACCUCGACCUCCAAACUCCUCACCACCACCAUCCUCACCCCCGCCGACCUAAAACAACUCCAAACCCUCCGCGCAACCACCUCCCUAACCAGCACCCUUCCCUCGCACAAGCGCGCCCAACUCCUCGCCGCCCGCCACGCCGACGAAGCCAUCACGGCCGAGACGAUUGAGCUGGCGGCCUCGAUUGGCAAGAAAUCGACAAAGGAAGAAAAGAUUGCAAUGGCAAAGGCCGACCGCGAAACCAACCACCAGUCGACAACGGCCAAGCGCAAGGAGAAGAAGCUGGCAGAGGGCAAGAGCACGACGAACAAGGAAAAGGCGCGCAAGAAGAACUUUAUGAUGACGUUGGGCAAGGCAAAGAGUAAGAAUAAGAGAAGUUUGGGCGAUGUCAAGAAGACGCUUUUGGGGCAUGUUGAGCGGAAGAAGAGGGGUGGGAAGAGGGGGAAUAAGGGGAAUUGA